AUGGAGACCGGCGCCGGCCCACAUCCGCUGCGCCUGUUGGUCUGCCUGAUGCCGCUCUGUCUGGCGUUGCUUUUGGGACCAGGGAGGCCCGGGACCGCCGAGGAAGUCAUCCUCCUGGAUUCCAAAGCCUCCCAGGCUGAGCUGGGCUGGACUGCACUGCCAAGUAAUGGGUGGGAGGAGAUCAGCGGCGUGGACGAGCAUGACCGUCCCAUCCGCACAUAUCAGGUGUGCAACGUGCUGGAGCCCAACCAGGACAACUGGUUGCAAACUGGCUGGAUCAGCCGUGGCCGCGGGCAGCGCAUCUUCGUGGAGCUGCAGUUCACGCUGCGCGACUGCAGCAGCAUCCCGGGCGCCGCCGGCACCUGCAAGGAGACUUUCAACGUCUACUACCUGGAAACAGAGGCUGACCUGGGCCGCGGGCGUCCCCGCCCCGGUGGCAGCCGGCCCCGCAAGAUCGAUACAAUCGCGGCGGAUGAGAGCUUCACGCAGGGCGACCUGGGCGAGCGCAAGAUGAAGCUGAACACCGAGGUGCGCGAGAUCGGUCCGCUCAGCCGGCGGGGUUUCCACCUGGCCUUUCAGGACGUGGGCGCAUGCGUGGCGCUGGUGUCCGUGCGCGUCUACUACCGGCAGUGCCGCGCCACGGUGAGGGGCCUGGCGGCGUUCCCAGCCACCGCAGCCGAGAGCGCCUUCUCCACGCUGGUGGAGGUGACCGGGACGUGCGUGGCGCACUCAGAGGGGGAGCCCGGCAGCCCUCCGCGCAUGCACUGUGGCGCCGACGGUGAGUGGCUGGUGCCCGUGGGCCGCUGCAGCUGCAGUGCGGGAUUCCAGGAACGUGGUGGCAUCUGCGAAGCCUGUCCCCCAGGGUUUUACAAGUUGUCCUCGCGCCGGCUGCUCUGCUCCCCGUGCCCAGAGCACAGCCGGGCCCUGGAAAACGCCUCCACGUUCUGCGUGUGCCAGGACAGCUACGCGCGCUCGCCCACCGAGCCGCCCUCGGCCUCCUGCACCCGGCCGCCGUCGGCGCCGCGGGACCUACAGUACAGCCUGAGCCGCUCGCCGCUGGCGCUGAGGCUGCGCUGGCUGCCGCCGGCCGACUCGGGCGGCCGCUCGGACGUCACGUACUCGCUGCUGUGCCUGCGCUGCGGCCGCGAGGGCCCGGGGGGCGCGUGCGAGCCGUGCGGGCCGCGCGUGGCCUUCGUGCCGCGCCAGGCGGGGCUGCGGGAGCGCGCCGCCACGCUGCUCCACCUGCGGCCCGGGGCGCGCUACACCGUGCGCGUGGCGGCGCUCAACGGCGUGUCGGGCCCGGCUGCCGCCGCGGGAGCCACCUACGCGCAGGUCACCGUGUCCACGGGGCCCGGGGCGCCCUGGGAGGAGGAUGAGAUCCGCAGGGACCGAGUGGAGCCCCAGAGUGUGUCCCUGUCGUGGCGGGAGCCCAUCCCCGUCGGAGCUCCGGGGGUUAACGGCACCGAAUACGAGAUCCGAUACUACGAGAAGGGUCAGAGUGAGCAGACUUACUCCACGGUGAAGACAGGGGCACCUGCAGUCACAGUCACCAACCUGAAGCCGGCUACCCGCUACGUCUUUCAGAUCCGGGCAGCUUCCCCGGGGCCCUCCUGGGAGACCCAGAGCUUCAAUCCCUCCAUUGAAGUGCAGACCCCAGGGGAGGCUGCCUCAGGGUCCAGGGACCACAACCCUGCGGUCGUCGUCACCGUGGUGACCGUCUCAGCCCUCCUCGUCCUGGGCUCUGUGAUGAGCGUGCUGGCCAUGUGGAGGAGGCCCUGCCCCUAUGGCAAAGGAGGUCAGGACGCCCACGAUGAGGAGGAGCUGUAUUUCCACUUCAAAGUCCCGACGCGCCGCACGUUCUUAGACCCCCAGAGCUGUGGGGACCCGCUGCAGGCUGUUCAUCUGUUUGCUAAGGAGCUGGAUGCAAAAACUGUCACACUGGAGAAAAGCCUUGGAGCAGGGCGGUUCGGGGAGCUGUCCUUCGGCCGCCUGCAGCUCCCUGGCCUCCAGGAGCUCCCCGUGGCCGUGCACACCCUCAGGGACGGCUGCUCUGACUCCCAGAGGCUCAGCUUCCUGGCUGAGGCCCUCACCCUGGGCCAGUUCGACCACAGCCAUGUCGUGAGGCUGGAGGGUGUCGUCACCCGAGGAAGCACCUUGAUGAUUGUCACUGAGUACAUGAGCCAUGGGGCCCUGGACGGCUUCCUGCGGAGGCAUGAGGGCCAGCUGGCAGCCAGGCAGCUGUUGGGGCUGCUGCCUGGGCUGGCAUCAGCCAUGAAGUAUCUCUCGGAAAUGGGCUACGUCCACCGGGGCCUGGCGGCCCGCCGUGUACUGCUCAGCAGUGGCCUUAUCUGCAAGAUCUCUGGCUUUGGGCGGGGCCCCCGGGACCGAGCAGAGGCUGUCUACACCACCAUGAGUGGCCGGAGCCCAGCACUGUGGGCCGCCCCCGAGACGCUUCAGUUUGGACACUUCAGCUCUGCCAGUGACGUGUGGAGCUUUGGUGUCGUCAUGUGGGAGGUGAUGGCCUUUGGGGAGCGGCCCUACUGGGACAUGUCUGGCCAAGACGUGAUCAAGGCAGUGGAGGAUGGCUUCCGGCUGCCACCCCCCAGGAACUGCCCCUCCCCCCUACACCGUCUGAUGCUAGACUGCUGGCAGAAGGACCCAAGUGAGCGGCCCAGGUUCUCCCAGAUCCACAGCAUCCUGAGCAAGAUGGUGCAGGACCCGGAACCCCCAAAGUGUGCCACGACCGCCUCUCCCAGGCCUCCCACCCCCCUGGCGGACCGUGCCUUCUCCACCUUUCCGUCCUUCGGCUCCGUGGGUGCAUGGCUGGAGGCCCUGGACCUGGGCCGCUACAAGGACAGCUUCACUGCCGGUGGCUACGGGAGCCUGGAGGCCGUGGCCGCCAUGGCCGCCCAGGACCUGGUGAGCCUGGGCAUCUCGUCGGUGGAACAUCGAGAGGCCCUCCUCAGUGGGAUCAGCGCCCUGCGGGCACGCAUGCUCCAGCUGCAAGGCCAGGGGGUGCAGGUGUGAGCCACGCCGUCCUUCCAGGCCAGGACCCCAGCCCUCACAGGGACCCUGGCACGCCGCACCCCGGCGGGGUGGAAGUGAGCACGCUCUCCCUGCACUCGGGCCCAGAGCUUGUUUGGGACCACAGGUCCCCUCAUUUCACUGCCUACUCCUCCCAUUUUCCCCAGUCUGAACACCUUGGCUGACUCAGUCCCCCUGGCCAGAGGGUUUAAAUCCCUGGGGAGAACCCCUGAGAUAACAGCAGGAGGAAAUGCAGGGUCCCAGAGACCACGGUGGGCAGGACAGAGAGGGAAGACCUAGCUUUAAAUAGCCUUGUUCAUGUUUUUCUGUCUUCCACACCCACUGGGGCCUGGGGCCUACCCGAGUGGGUGCCCCUAUUUCCCAUAGACUUAUGGGCCAGUUGACAGCAUGGGUCCCUAAUAAGCUCCCAUGAGACCUGGCAGGGACCACCUCUGCCUGGCAGCCCAUCCUGAGGGGCCUGGAGAGGCGAGGUCCUCGGCUCCCUGGGCAUGGGCUCGGCCACACUGGUCCUGAGGCCCAGGCAGCGAAGGUGGUGCUGAGCUCCGGGGCUGGACCCCAAGGCCCCAGACUCAGGAGCUGAUUUCUGCCUCCCCUGCCCUGGGCUGAGAGUUCAGGGUGAGGGUGAGGGUCCUGGCUAGGCCAUCAAGGUUCUGGUGCUCCCCUGAGGCCCAGUGAGGCCUCCCGUUUGCAUUCCUUUUGUAAAUUCACUGGCCGGGACAUCUGAGAAGAGCAUGAGGGGAGAGGUUUUCUCCCCGGAGGACCCAUGAGCUUUGCUCUUCCACCCCAGGGGAUGGUGAAGAGAUCUUCAGAGGUGGACCUUCCCUCUCUGACAGGCUCUGAGCUACACUGUGCAGAGAGGAAUGACGGAGGCUGGUGGAGGAGUUAGGGCCAGGGCUGGGGUUGGAACCCCUGCCCCCAACUCCCAGUCCAGGGCUGAGGUUGGCUCUGGAGAGAGAGUCCUUGGUCCUACCUUGUGAUACCAAUGCUUUUCCCCGAGGAAGCCUAGAGGUACUCUGAGGUGACCGCCUCUCGCAAGCGCUAUCUCCUGGGCACCCCUCAGCCUCCUGGGGAGCACCUUCUCCCUCUGACUUUUGUGGGGCUCCGGCAGGAGUGGCCACACUGAGCUAACUCCAGAGUUCCUUAUCCAGAAGAGCUUCCCAGAGGCGGUGGUGAUCGCGAGGCCAGGGCUUUCAGAGGACAACAGGAAGGCAGCUGGAUCUGGACAGGAUUCCAGGGGCUGCGUUUGUCCAGGUCACCCC